GUUUUAUUGUUAUUUGCUCUCUUAAGAUAUUUGCAUCUUCUUCUUCAAUGAUUUUCACUACAUCAUAAAUAAAUAAAUAAAAAAUUAGUGUUAUGCAUAAAAAUACCCUCCUGAGUUCCGGCUUCUAAUCCAAUUAAAUUUGCUGAACCUGUGGACGGAUCACCAAUUCACCAUACUAGCAUGGACAGGGCCGACAUCAAAUGAACCAAGACACAGUAUUCACAGAAAGCCUCUCCCGAUUAUAUGGCAACGAGCAAUGAGAGAUGUCACUCUCCAUCUCUCAAACUAUGCUGAACUCAGUUCCCUUCUCUCCAUUUGUGGCAGAGAAAAACACUAUCGUUUCGGUUCUUCUAUACACGCCGCCAUCAUCAAGAACAACAAUCGCUUCAGCGUCAAUAACCUCACCGAUCCGCGAAAUGUUCUCGUCGUAUGGAAUUCCCUCAUUGCGAUGUACUCGAAGUGUGACCAACUUCAGGAUGCCGCUAAGGUGUUCGACGAAAUGCCUCUUAAGGAUACUGUCUCCUGGAAUUCGAUGAUUUCAGGCUGCUUUUUGAAGGAGCAGUUCUCAAGGGGAUUCCAAUACUUCAAAAGGAUGCUCAUCUUGAAGAAAUGUAGGUAUGAUCAGGCGACGCUGACAACUGUUGUAUCCAUUUGUACUAACCCUGAGCUUUCGUAUGCUUGUUCUAUGAUGCAUUCAUUGAUUAUUUCAAGUGGUUUUGAGAGUGUAGUUCAGGUUGGAAAUGCCCUCAUUACUGGUUAUUUCCGAUGCGGCUGUCCCCUCUCAUCAAGGAAGGUUUUUGAUGCCAUGGUUGAGAGGAAUGUGAUAACAUGGACGGCAAUGGUCUCCGGGCUUGCUCAGGGCCAGUUAUUCAAUGAAAGUCUUCUUUUGUUUCGAGAAAUUCUGAGAGCUGAAGAAGCCAACUCGACGACAUAUGCAAGUUCUCUCCUUGCUUGUUCUGGAUUGCGAACUCUCAGUGAAGGACGGCAGAUUCAUGGGCGUAUUGAGAAGUCUGGCUUACCGUCGGAUUUGCACGUCGAGAGCGCUCUAAUGGACAUGUACUCCAAGUGCGGCAUGAUUGAAGAUGCACUCCAGGUAUUUCAUUCUUGUGUCGAGCCUGAUGAGGUUUUCUUGACUGUUCUGCUUGUUAGUUUUGCACAGAAUGGGAUGGAAGAUAGAGCUUUUGAAAUGUUUGCCGAAUUGCUAGGAAAAGGUAUCGCGAUUGAUGAAAAUAUGGUGUCGGCUGUUCUCGGGGCCUUCGGGUGUGCUUCUAGGCCAUUUGCGCUAGCUCUAGGGAAGCAAAUCCAUUCCUUAACUGUCAAAAAAUGUUUCCUCUCCAAUAUUUACGUGUGCAAUGGGCUCAUCAACAUGUAUUCCAAGUGCGGUGAACUGAAAGACUCCAUCAAACUAUUCAAUCUAAUGCAGUACAGGAAUUCUGUGUCCUGGAAUUCAAUGAUAGCAGCAUUUGGCCGCCAUGGUUAUGGAUCAGAAGCACUUCAAUUUUAUCAGGAAAUGUUGUCAAACGGUACUGCGCCUACUGAUAUCACUUAUCUUUCACUGCUCCAUGCUUGUAGCCAUGCAGGAUCUGUUGAGAAGGGAAUUGAGCUUCUGCGUUCAAUGAUAUCAAGCCAUCGGAUCACUCCACGAGUAGAGCAUUUUGCUUGUAUAGUGGACAUGUUGGGUCGCGCAGGGCGAUUAAAUGAAGCAAUGAGUUUAACAGAGGAGUUAAAUGUAGAGUCCAAGGCUCUUCUCUGGCAGGCUCUGCUUGGAGCUUGUGGAAUUCAUGGCGAUCCAGAAAUGGGAAGAUAUGCAGCGGAGCAAUUGGUGAUGAUGGAACCAGAUUGCACUUCAGCGUAUGUGGUGUUGUCUAAUAUAUAUUCAGCAGAAGGAAGAUGGGAAGACAGAGCAAGGAUUAUCAAGAAGAUGAAGGAGAAGGGAGCCAAGAAGGAGACCGGUGUGAGUUGGAUUGAAUUGGGGAAGAAAUUCCAUAGCUUUGUGGUUGAGGAUGAUCUACACCCCCACGCAGAGAGUAUCUAUGAGGUACUAGAUGAGUUGAUUGCACUCACUAGAGAUGAAGAAAAUAUGCCAGUUGAAACGUUAAUGUUAUGAGGGAAAAUUUCUCUCACGCAUGUUUCUCAUGGCCUAAAUGGAAUAAUUAACUUCUCCAUGCAUGGCUUUAUUAUCUAUUUAAGGAGAUUGUAAAAAUAAAUUGUAAUUUUGAACUCACUGGCAACUCUGAAAAAAGAAUCACAACAAGGUGCUUGCUUAGAUCAGUUUAUUGCA